CUGUUACUCCCUCUUUCUGGAUUUUUUGGUUUGCAGUACGGAAGUUUUAUAACAGAAGGGUUAUGUGUAAAGGUUCAGCAGCAUGAGCUAAUGAUAAUUUCUGUCUAACCUGCAGCUUCAUCACUGUCAACAAAAUGGUUAAUAUCGGUCUCACCAGAGUGGACGAUGCGGUGUCAGCGAAACAUCCGGGUUUGCAGAGUUAUGCUGCCUGUCAGUCUGGUGCCUUCAUGAAGGGGACCAGUACCUUUGUACUUGGUGCUGGCUGUUUAUUUGCCAUUCAGAGUAUCCUCCAGAAGAAGCUCCCUUAUCCUCUACAGUGGAACCUGCUCGUUUCAAUACUGGGGUCUUCAGUAGGGAGUUAUGCUGUGACUCGCUGGGAAACGCAGAAAUGCACAGACCUCUGGAUCUUAAUGGAAACAGGAAAAGUCCCGGACAGAUCUCCUCCGCAGGUGUCUGAACCAGAGGUCUCAAAAGCACCUGAGAAGACAAAAUAUGGUGACGUGAUGGACUGAACAUAUUAACACACUUGUGAAUCUACUGUAUAUAACCACACAUGUUUAGAAAAUGUACUAUAUAUUAAGAAAAUGAUAGACUUUGAUAAAGUGCUGGUUGUGAGAUGGUACAUAUUGUAUUUAUUGGGGUUUUCUCUUCAAUACAUCAAAUGAAAGUCAA